AGUGAGUGGAGCACGAUCACCACGGCCGCGUCAGUCAACUGCAGUUCCCUACUCACCGCUCCUCUAGUCACUACAGAAUGGCCGUAGACCAUCACACCCCGCCUGCCGCGGCCGACAAGUCUGACGUCACUCGAGACAAGGGUGAGAUGGACUUUGAUGACAUUCUUCCCCACAUAGGAGAGUUCGGACUCUACCAGAAGCUCCUGUUCUUGAUGAUGAUCCCCUUCGCGUUCUUUGUGUCUUUCGUGUAUUUCGCUCAGAUCUUCAUCACCCUGGUACCCGAGAGCCACUGGUGCCGCGUGCCCGAGCUGGACCAUCUUCCUCUCCACCAACAACUGGCACUGUCAGUGCCCAAGAAUCUAGAAGGCGGUUAUGACCAGUGCUCAGUGUACGAUGUGGACUGGACCCGGGUACUCAGCGAGGGUGUGCAGCAGGCAGAUCCUAGCUGGCCUGUCAAGCCCUGUGACAGUGGCUGGCAUUACAACUCUACUGAAAUACCAUACUCUACCAUUUCCACUGAGCUGGAUUGGGUGUGUGACCAGAAGGCUUUGCCCACGAUUGCACAGUCGAUUUUCUUCUGUGGCGCCAUAGUAGGAGGCCUCAUCUUCGGCUGGAUGGCAGAUCGGUAUGGCCGCAUCCCUGCACUUGUCGGUACCAAUCUUACAGGUCUCUUGGCAGGCAUCCUCACCGCCUUCUCUACUUCUUUCUGGCAGUUCUCUAUCUGCAGAUUCUUUGUUGGCUUUGCUUUUGACAACUGCUUCACUAUGAUGUAUAUACUCGUUCUGGAAUACGUAGGGCCAAAGUGGCGUACGUUUGUAGCCAACAUGAGUAUUGCUAUCUUCUUCACUCUGGCAUCGUGUCUCUUGCCAUGGAUCUCUCUAUGGGUAGGAGACUGGAGGUGGCUCUGUGUUGUGACUGCCGCACCUCUCGCCCUCGCCAUUGUCACACCCUUCUUUGUUCCAGAAAGUGCCAGGUGGCUGGUUUCCCAAGGCAAAUUCGAUAAGGCCAUAACAAUUUUGAAAAAAUUUGAGCGCAUCAACAAGACUAAAGUUCCUGAAAAUAUCUACAGUGAAUUUCAGAAGAGCUGUAUGGCUGUUCAAAAGGAAGAGGAAGCCGGCAAGAAAUACUCUGUUCUGGACCUGUUCUGCAGCCCAAGGCUACGAAAUGUCACAAUCCUUCUAAUUGUUAUCUGGAUGGCCAUCUCACUGGUGUUUGACGGACACGUGCGGAACGUCGGCUCAUUGGGUCUGGAUGUGUUCCUAACCUUCACCCUAGCCUCUGCCACAGAACUGCCUGCUGACACGUUUCUCACAGUUGUGCUAGACCGUUGGGGUCGGCGCUGGCUGGCCUGUGGCUCCAUGGUAUGCAGCGGUAUCUUCAGUCUCCUAGCCACUGCCGUGCCUAUUGGAGUUCCAUCUGCAUCACUUGCCAUCAUGGGGAGGUUCAGCGUGAACAUCUCGUACAACAUCGGGCUGCAGUACGCUGCAGAAUUGCUGCCAACCGUAGUCCGAGCGCAGGGUGUGGCACUCAUACACAUCAUGGGCUAUGUGGCCAGCAUUCUGGCACCUUUCGUUGUCUAUCUGGCAUAUGUGAGUCCUCAGCUGCCACUAUUAGUACUGGGAGUACUUGGCAUAGUGGGCGGAGUGUUGGCAUUGUUCCUACCCGAGACCAUGGACCAGGAGUUACCUCAAACCAUGGCUGAUGGUGAGAACUUCGGCAAGGACCAGAAGUUCUUCGAUAUCCCAUGUGACAAGCGAAACAAAGUUUCAAACUUCCAGAGGAGAACUCCGAAUAAAUCUUCAAUCAGAGCCUCGGUCCGAGGAGAACAGUACAGAUCAACUCUGAUCAACAGAUCCAUCAGACGUCCACACACAGUUCCCACAAUACCAGAGGCAUAGUGCAACUCACUAUGACUCUUGUAGUAAGUUACCAGUGAUAUAAUUAGAAGAAUACUUUGUAAAUCUGAUUUAACACUAUUUACAAAUCAGAUUUUUUAAUUUUUUUAUUACCACCAUCAAUUUGUAUUUUUAAGAUUGUUUUAAAUCUAUAGGUUACAUUAGACAAAAUAGUAUUUAUUACAGAAGCAUUAAUUGCUUAAUAUGCAUUAUUUAUUUAGAUUAAGUAAGACUAUUGUAACCUAAGAGAUUUUUAGUAAAUAACAUGUAUAUACUCAGGCUGUUAUUUUGAUAUAAGUUGAUGUUAGGCGUAGGCUAUAUUAAUAUCUAUCAUGUUGUUUAAUAAAAUACUGUAUUAAACAUAUUAACCUAUUUUCUUUUGAAUACAUUACUUGUUAAGAAAUUGUUAUUAAUUACAAAAUAUACAGGGUACCUCAUCUGCACAUUAUUUAGCUUGUUUUUCUUAAUUAUAUAUUUUUUACAUAAUUUAAAUAAUUAAAAAUGAAAGAUUUUCACUGAUAGUUGUUAAAGUUUUUAUAUUAUUCAUUUACUAAUUACUUUUUUAACACAAGAAGAAAAAUCUUCCUUCAGCUUAACUAUAAUUAAUUUGUUUCUAUUUGGAUAAUAAUCUGUCAGCUACCACUGCAUUGAUCACUUAUUAGUUUUCAAUUAUGCUUUCUGUUCACAUAUUGUACAGUGUUAUACAGAGUUAUUUUCUGUAUUUUAGUUCAUUAUCUCUUGAUGAAUUAAAAUAUGUCUAUUUAGUCAUACAAUUACAAUGAAAUUGGCUAUGUAACCCGAGUUGUAUAUAUGUUACCAACAUCACAUUUUUACUACUGAGUGUCAAAGUAACGUCAGAACGCCUUGAAAAUAACAUUAGCUAAAGUCAAAUGAUGGGAGAUUUUUCUUCAGGUUCUUGUAAAUAAUGUAAAUUUGUCUAGCCAUAGCUAAGACACCUUGAUAUUCUUUAACCUGAAUGAAUAUCCUCCUUUAAUCAUAUAUCUGCUGUAUGUACUUAUUAAAAUCAAAAUAUUUAUUCUCCAACCUGUGUUUUCAAACUAUGGUGUGAUACACAUAACACAGCUAUGGUGGGAAGGGUUGAUUCAAUAUGCAUGUUAAGUUUAGCUCCAGUUCAUCUUCCUCUUACUUGCACCAUCUGAAAUUUGAUCCUGUCACAGACUUGAUUCCUGAAAUCUGGAGUCAUGUUUGUUUGUUCGUCUGAAGGGAUACAAAAACUGUCGGUGAAAAGAAGAACAAAGGAACUCAAAAUGAACUCUUUGCAUCGUUUCGACAUCAGAGACACCUAGACUACAGAAUUUAGUGAAAUCUAGGUGAAGAGGCAUAUUCUCAUUGACUCAUCAGAUGCACAAAGACUCAAUUACUCUACCAUAUUUUGUGAUCGUGUCAGCAAGGCCGUACCCAGCUUUGGCGGGCCCCAUCACACAGCUUCCCCACACCCCAAUCACUGUUAUCCCAUUGACAUCUUAUUAUUUUGUAAUGAUAGUAAGAUUAACAUAUAUAUGUUGCUAAAAAUUAUUAUGGAAAAAUCUUACUAAUCAAACCAUUUUAAGCAUUGUUAUAAAUUACUUCAGUGAACCCAAAACAUGUAUAAUAAUUAGUCUAUUAGGUGUCCAACUAAAAUUAAUUUGAGAUAUUAAUGAUUUUGAGAAAUAUCUUUAAAGUACCUCAAAAUUUCAGUUAUGAUUCAUCGGGUCAGAGCUAACGCGUGUUAAGGUUUUUUAUCGCAGGAACUAUUGUUGACUUUUUUGCUUGAAUGCAUGAUGUAAAUAAACACGAUUGAGAUUGUUAAAUCAAAAGUAAGAUUAUUAUUUUAAAAGUAAUUGUCACAGCUUCUUGGAAAUUGUAAUGAACAAUAUAACAAAUUUAGCCUAUAAUAGUGUUUCAGUUAUUAGAUUGAGCUAUCUCGUCCGUUGAUACUGUCCAUUCAAAUAGAUGUGUGGCGGGGCCCUGGUCUGAGUACGGACCUGCAUGUCAGUAACACUGUAGUGCACUCAAUUGUGCACCUGAUAAGACAAUGAGAAUGCCUCUUCACCUAGAUUGCACUACAUUCUGUAGCCUAGGUGUUUCUGAUGUCGAAACGAUGCAAAGAGUUCGUUUUGAGUUUCUUCGUUAUUUGUCACCCAUUAUUUUUGGAUCCCUUUAGACAAGCAUGACUCCAGAUUUCAGGAGUCAAGGCUGUGACAGUAUCAGAUUUCAGAUUGCUAAAGGUAAGAGGAAAGUGAAUUGGAGCUGAACUCAACAUUCAUAUGGUGUGAUAGUUGAUCUCGUAGAUUAUGUGAUAAUUAAGAAGUUUCCUAACUACUGAAUUAACAAUUAAUUAUUGAUAGUGCCAAAACCAAAUUCGAUUUCACCUUAGAUUGAUUAGACAUAUACAGCUGGGUCAUUAAAAAUCCUUGUGAAAAGACGAGAUUAAAUGUAUUCUAAUUUUAAAAAUGAGUACUAUUAUACAAGUGGCCACUCUGAUUUCAUUACUGCAUGGUUUUUAGUAAUUUUAUAAUAAUUUUGUAUAAAAACAAAUAGAUUACAAAGAAUGCUGAUGAAUUUGUGAACAUGUUUUUCCUCGUUCUACCUGAAUGGUGCUCUUAACCCCGCAUAAAAACUUUCUUGGUAUAAUAUGUUAAUAGUAAGAGACUUCUAAAAGUGUUUGAAAAUUAAAAUAUUUUAAUUAUUGAAAACCAUCUAAAAUUUCCCUAAGAAAGAAAUCAAUUCUCAGUCGCCUAGUGUAGGUGGGAGAACAGGAAGCUAUUCAAAGAGUUAAACAUUUCCAAUGAUAAUCCUUUACAAAUAGUUUUUAUUUAGACUCACUUAAUACAUAAUAAUAUUAACUAUUUGUCUGAAAAUAGUGACAAUGUGUCUAUUUAGAUAAAUAGACUAUUUAUUUUUUGUAUUCUGGUUUGGUAUCUUUUGAUGAAUAAAUAAGUGUCUAUUUAGUCAUACAAUUACAAUUAAAUUGGCUAUGUAACCCAAAUUGUAUAUUGCCAAAUUGCCAACAUUUUUGUAUAUAACCAACAUGAUAAAUUACUUCUAUCAAGAUUUUUGGUUGAUAGUUACUAUUUUUUAAAUACCUGUUGGUUGGUAUGAAAUGUAUAAAGCUAAUGAAAAUAAUAUGAUCUGAGAAAAAGAUUAUUUGAUAUUGGUAACCAUUUUGAUUUAAAUUUAAAUUAGCAUGGUCAACAAUCAAUUUCUUUCUAAAUAGAAAUUCCUUUAUUUCCUCUAUUAAUUUCAUGUAUUUAUGAGGUUUUUACUACAAAGUGCAAGUUAGCUCUCAGCUCCUACAAUAAUAUAAUGGUAACUACAACACAAUAAUGAAAUUGAGCUGAAUAUUUGUUUACUUAUAUCAAUCAUACUACAGUUAUUACUAUUUUAAUAAAAUAUUAGACUUAGGCAAAUUAAGUGCAAGAACUGAUAAGAACUUUAUAUAGGCUGUAUGUGUAUGAUACCGAACAUGAUACUUGCAUGUUGGAAUCAACCUUUUGUUACUUGAUUAUAAUUAUUUAUUAUUAUUUAUUUAUAUAAGACUAUUUUUUCUGGACAUUAUUUUGUAAUUGAAUAUACAUUCAUCAAAUAAAAAUUAUAAACAUA